AUGUACAUGCAUUAUUCUCCAUUUUCCGUGUUACCAAACUCGCAACUACCAAAUCAAUAUGAUAGCGAUCAACAACUGAUUAGGUUUUAUGACUUGACAUUCGAUCGUCGACUAGAUUAUAAUAGUGAAGAUGACCUUCCAUCCCCAACCAUAGAUAUUGGAAUGUCAUUUGAAUCAUUAGACAAGACUAAAACUGGAUUGGGGUCUUUUGAUAUGGAUUCAAUCGAUAAAUAUAGUAUAUUUGGUGAAGACAGUGAUGGGGAUUCUGCCAUGCAUUACUUGAACAGCUUUAUGCCGGAAGAAAAACCGGCAACAAAACCAAAGAAAGAAGAAAAGAGGGAAAAGCAACAACUGAAAAAUGAGAAGAAAGGUGUAUUCAGCCGUCUUUUCAAAGCGAAAACAACAAAUAAAUCAGAUUCAACAAAGAAUGAUCAAAAUAAGUCAAAUCAUAAUACGAUGGAAACGAAAAGCUACGAGAGUUUCACACUAGAAAAGAAAAGUUCUGAGAAAACAUUUAGAUCGACUUUGGAUGGGACUUCGUUUGUUGAUAGUGUCAAGAGUAACAAUUCCAUAUUUUCAAUAAAGAGAAAGCCUUCCAAGUUAAAAAGUUUCAGGUAG